CAUGCUGAUUUAUUCUAAUAAUCCAGGCUGCCUUGCAUAAUAGUAACUGUCACAAUUCCCUCCUUCUGAUUAAGAUUGAUGAGAAAAUAUCACUUGAGACCCUUGAGAAACUGAAACUAGCAUUUGAGGAAUUUGAAUCAGGUGGAUUGAGAUACAUUGAUGUGGCCAAAUUUGGACCUAUGAUGAAGAAGUGUUUGGAUUUACCUAAUGCAACCUACAUGGAGAUUCAAGGGUUAUUUAAGAAGAUUGAUUAUUUAGGCAAAGGGACGAUUUCAUGGGGUGAGUUCUGCACAUACAUGCUGCAGCAGUAUAAAGGGCAGGAGGAAACUGCAAGACGCAACAACCAGGUGGCCUUCAUUCUGCCAGCCACCAUGAAUUCCUUUAAUCACGGGAUUCCUAUUGUCAACAUCCAGUCUACUCAUGAUGACACCAUCGUAACAGUGCGAGAAGACGGGUGUGCUUGCCACUGGAGUCCUGAACUUAAACCCCAGAAGACCAAACACCUGUUUAAUGAAGAUCCAACAAAUACAAAGUCAAAAUGGGCAAGUGACUUUGCUCUGAUGAGCGAGUACAACAAGCUGAUGAUCGCGACAGGGGAUAGAGAGCUCCAGCUUUAUAACCUUUUCUCUCUGGAGCCUUAUUGUCAGAUCAGUGAACUAGAAACAAUACCCCUGACAGUGGACUACAGCUACAAUGGCCAGGAUAAAUGCUGUGUUCUGUAUGGAGACUCUGAAGGAUGUGUGACUAUCAUGUUAAUAUCCUCUGCUGGAGAUACCUUCAGGUAAUGUUGCUUUUUCAAAUACUUAC